CUAUUCCUCCGGUCACACUGGUCCACGCGUUUUGUUUAUUCCUCACUUUUUUCGACGUACGCGUUUUGUUUUUUUGCGCGAUCCGAGAGCGAUUAAUUAAUGGAAAACGCAAGAUGCGAGUAGUGAAACCGAGUGCGAAAAAUUAAAGAACGAGGAAACCGAAAACAUCAGCGGCCGAGACAGUGUGCGUGCGUGUGUGUUUGUGUAAGUGUGUGUGGGCGUUUAUAAAUAAAACGCUCCGAAGCUGUGUGCGAAAAGCAGACGCGACAAAAGAGUAAAAGAAUGAGCCCAACUAAAAACAAGAGCGAAGGAAAAGAAAGCGAAUAUCAGUUUUUAAGUUAAAACAACAAAAGGCGAAGGCGAAAGUGCAUUACUGUGCAAAGCGAAAGAAAUAUAUAGAGAGAGAGAAAGAGCGAAAGGGAGCGAGAGCGAGAGAGCUAUCCGAUACGAAUCAACCUGUUAAACGAGCGGAGUGUGGUGGAGCCCCAAGCCGAACUCUUAAAUGGAUGCAACAUCAAUAAUCACGCAAGUUUCCCGCGACGAUGAGCAGCUGAACGUCUAUCCCAGCUAUCCCAAUGACAAAGAUGAUGUAGACCGCUUAAAGCCACAGAAGCGUGGAUUUAUCCAAUCUUUGCUCUGCUGCUGGCGACGAAACCGAACGAAAACCAACCAGAAUGGCACACAAAUCGAUGGUUCAACAACACCGCCACCGUUACCGGACCAACAAAGGUUCCUACUACCUCAGGUUAGGCUCACCGAUAUGCACAGAAAGUGCAUGGUUAUCGAUUUGGAUGAGACCCUAGUGCACAGCAGUUUUAAGCCCAUACCGAAUGCAGAUUUCAUAGUACCAGUGGAGAUCGAUGGAACCGUACAUCAGGUGUAUGUUCUGAAGCGACCGCAUGUGGACGAGUUUCUGCAAAAGAUGGGUGAACUGUACGAGUGCGUUUUGUUCACAGCAUCACUAGCCAAAUACGCAGAUCCUGUUGCCGAUCUGUUAGACAAAUGGAACGUGUUUCGUGCAAGACUGUUUAGGGAAUCAUGCGUUUAUUACAGGGGUAAUUACAUUAAGGAUCUGAAUCGUCUGGGUCGUGAUCUGCAAAAGAUUGUUAUUGUGGACAAUUCACCGGCCAGUUAUAUCUUUCAUCCAGACAAUGCAGUUCCUGUUAAAUCCUGGUUCGACGACGUCACUGACUGCGAACUACGCGAACUGAUACCGCUGUUUGAGAAGCUCAGCAAAGUGGAUUCCGUCUACUCGGUGCUCUGCAAUUCGAACCAGCCGCUGAACAAUCAUCAGACCAAUCAGCACCCCCAGGAGCUGCAGCAGGCGCCGAACCAGCAGCAGCAGCAGCAACAGACCAUCUCUGCCACGACAGUUAUUACCCAGGCAACCACGCUGUCUGCCCCGACCAUGUUGAACCAGCAGCAGCAGCAGCAGCAGCUGCCCAGUCCGCCCAGCCCACAAAGCGAGCUGCUGCAAAAGACGUAACAUCAGUGGGAACUAAUGUUUAUAAAUAUAUGAUAAAUAUGUAUACAUAUUACAAGACCAAGCAAGCCGACUAAGCAAGCAAAACAAACCUAAAACCUAAACCCAAACCCCCAUGCUCUUCACACUCAUUAACCCGAGUUGAAACCAACUACCAUUUGCUAUGUACUACAUAUAAUCCCCCCGCUCGACACCCCACAUAGGCUAAGCAUAAGUUUUAUAUUAUGAUAUACAUAACUUUUAUGGAACCCUAUUUACACGGCACAUCAAUUUGUUAUUUAUUCUUUGUUUUUUUGCUCUACCAAUUAUAAUUAUUAUUUUUUUAUUAUGUGUGUUUUUAUAAACAACUGCUAAAUGCUUAUUGCGGUAUACCCCUAUCUAGGGGGUAUAUACAUAUGUAAUAAACCCAUAUACAUAAGCCUCCUAUGUAUACCCAAUAAUCAUACAUAAUUGUGUAAGCGUGUA